AUGGCUUAUAAAGUGGAUCACGAGUACAAUUACCUCUUCAAAAUCGUCCUCAUUGGCGAUUCAGGCGUCGGAAAAUCUAACAUGCUCUCGAGGUUUACUCGGAAUGAAUUCCUCCUCGAGUCAAAAUCCACCAUUGGUGUUGAAUUCGCCACCAGAACUCUUCAGAUAGAAGGGAAGACAGUGAAAGCCCAGAUAUGGGACACUGCUGGUCAAGAGCGAUAUAGAGCCAUAACAAGCGCGUAUUAUAGAGGAGCAGUAGGUGCCCUUUUAGUCUACGACAUUACAAAGAGGCAAACAUUCGAAAACGUUGGCAGAUGGCUUCGCGAACUAAGGGACCAUGCAGAUUCAAACAUUGUGAUUAUGAUGGUAGGAAACAAGACUGAUCUUAACCAUCUAAGGGGAGUUCCUGAUCAAGAUGCCCAAACGUUUGCAGAAAAUGAAGGGUUAUCAUUUUUGGAAACAUCAGCUCUUGAAGCACUUAAUAUUGAGAAGGCUUUUCAUACUGUUUUGUUUGAGAUUUAUCAGGUUAUUAGCAGAAAAGCCCUAGCUGCUCAGGAAGCAUCUCAAGGGUACCCUAGCCAAGGGACUGCUAUUAAUGUUGGGGAUUAUAAUAGUAACUCCAAUAAGACUAGGGGCACUUGUUGUAACAAUUGA